GACACAUACGACUCAUAUUUUCUUUGACAGGAUUCGAUUAUAUAUUAGAUUGCUUUAUCUAAAAAUCUCUCGUAAGUCCUAGAAGUCCUACCGCAAAAGUCCUAUAUAUAGCUUCGGGUCAUAACAUAAUCCUCUCUCCCCUCUCCUAGCCAAUCCUCUGGCAUCCUCGAGGCAGACAAACGUCUUCUACAUCACAAUAACCAACUAAUUAGCCAUCAAUAUUAUCUUGCGAAACUAUCCGCUUGGAUUUUAUGGUCCCAAACUAUCGCAAUUGUUUCUAGGAAAUAUGGUAGCAAAGGUUGGACACUCCGCUUCAUCAGCAUGCACAACCGUUUGCGCGGCCGCCUGCUUCUGGCCUCUUGUAGGGGUAUACUACUGCAUCAAAUACUCGUUUAAAGCAGCAGAGGCGACAGUUGGAGCUGGCUACGACGCCUACAAUCGCCGGCGGGUCAGGACCCGUCGGCUCCCCAAAUCAAAGCCGUUGGCCACAGUAUCCUCUUCAUCCCAAUCAACCACGGCUCCUCCCGUUAUAGGAACGACGCGCACAUCGUUCCUCCACCUUCCGCCGGAGAUUCGCCUUCAUAUAUACCGGCUUGCGCUCGUUGGGCCGGCUAUCAUACAGGUGCGCACCCAUUCGUCGUUCUGGGGUCCACGGCCGUCCACCUGGGAUCCCGCGCAAGGCAUCCGCGACGACGCGGACGCGCCGAGCGAGGCACUGCGCCGCAUUACCAGGCUCGGCGGAUCGUGGCUUCAUCCGCUGGUCACUCCGCCUAGCCACGGCUGCGUGCGGUACGGCGCGGUGUCGCAGUUGAUCUGCGGCGAGGGCCGGCAUUUCGUCCCGGGAUGGGUCCAGCCGGAGAAGACGGCGUUCCCUACGGACUUGAUGCGCUCGUGCCGCGUGGUGUACGGCGAGGUUCUGGAUGUGUUGUAUGCAGGUAACACGAUCUCGCUGUUCGGUGCUGAUAUGGCGCGCUAUUUCUGCCGCAACGCGAGCCCGGAGGGUUUGAGUAGAGUGCGCUUCGUGCAUGUGGCGCAUGUCAUGCCGUCGGAUGGUUGGGAUUCGUCUUCGCAUAUGAAGAGUGUUCGAGCCUCCAUGCGCAUUCUGCGGGACGCUCUCCCGAGUCUUCGACAGCUUGAUGUUGAGGUGGCCUUAACGUAUGGCCAGCCGGAGAAUCCGGACAAGCUCUGGGCUUGGCUGAGGGAAGAUGUUCUUGGACAGUUCCGUGACUUAGAGAGGUUCGUGCUGAAGGUUUCUGUGUAUAAACAUUUCAGACCGGACCGACCUAGGGGCCAUGAGGGAUGGACACCACCGUACGAACCAUUAAGCUCAUGGAAUGAUGGCGAGUACCAAAAUCUGAAAGAUAGGGUGAUGUCAUCCGGCUGAGAUGGCUUCAUCUUGGUUUCCCGCACGUCUACUCUACAUUAUGUGGGAUAAUUGCUUAGGGCUUUCAGGUGUUUCCUAGGCGUUUGGGUAUCUUGGACGGCGUCGUCUUUGUGAAUUAUUGCGAAUAUUUCAAUAUUCCAGCCUUGCAUUUGAGAUUCGUGAAAUAAGC